GUUGUAUUUUCCUUACAUAACCCCUACCAUUUUCUCAGCUUGGCAUCUAUAAACACAACACCACAUUUUCCAUCGUUUUCACACCUCGGAGAAAAACACAACACAAAGAAACACGCUUUCAUUAACCUCUUCAACAUCAAAAAAAACCUCGACAUCAUCAUCAAACCUCGUGAUUUUGAUGGCAACUCGCGUGAUCCCUCCAAGAAUCCUCAAGAACCUCCGUUACAACACAAGGGCACUCGACUCCUCUCACUCCUCCAUCCCGUCCUCCAUCGCUCCGUCGCUAGUCAUCGAGAAGCCGUCGUCAGCGACGACGGCUCCUCCCUCAACUGCGACGGAGCUGAACAUGGAGGACUCGGAGCAACUGUUCAGGUCGGUGUCGACCAGGCAACUGCUCCGGUCCUCCGCGGUGCUGCAUGCCACCGCGGUGGGGCCGAUGGUGGACUUAGGAAUGUGGGUGAUGAAGUCGAGGGUGUUCGAAAGAGGGGUGUUGAAGGAUAUGGUGAUGGCCGCCACGCGCGAGACGUUGUACGCGAACUUCUGCGCCGGCGAGGAUGCCGCCGCGGCAGGGAGGAGCAUAGGGGCGCUGAACGGCGGAGGGUUGCGUGGCAUGCUGGCUUACGGUGUGGAAGACGCGCACGAUAAUGAAGGGUGUGACAGAAACCUUGAAGCGUUCCUUCACACUGUGGAUGUUAGCAAAUCGCUUCCACCUUCUUCUGUGAGUUUUGUGAUUUUAAUGCCAAGUGUCACAAUAUUUAACAUUUGA